UGACGUUGCUAGCCGACAGAUGGCAAUGUUUAUUUGUUUUAUUUGCUCCGUUGGACCACCCUAUUUUAACUGAUUGACAACGAUAAAUAAAUGACUUAGAUAUAUAAGUUAUCGUUGCAUGUUACAAUUUUAUAUAAAUAUCGUGUAGCUAUAAAUUAUGUUUUCUUUAUUUAUUUUUUACAGUGCAAGUCAUUCAGGGCCAAAAUAUUCUAGUAACUGUUCGCUGUAAUUAUCAAUGUUUUCCGAGCGAGGGCGAGGGCGAGGGUGUACGACCCGUGUUGUAACUUGUCAAGAAAGUUUCGGUCGCCCUUGCAGCGCAUAAUGUCGGGGAGAUCCUGCUCUUCAGCUGUCCGUUGAUCGUCCGCGGGUUAUUUAGAUGAAAUCAUGCUGUGCGUCCUGACCAGAACUGCAACCAGGGCGGGGCUGGUGAAGCCCUGCCGUCGGCUCAGUCCACUGCCGGUGGUGCAGGUGUCGGAGCGGCCGCUGGUCCAUCAGGAGAGUCUCCCGAAGCUGCCGGUUCCGCCGCUGAAGCAGACGUGCGCGCGCUAUCUGGCCUCGCUCGAGCCGCUGAUCAGCGAGGAGGAGAUGACGCACUCGCGCGAGCUGAUGGACGACUUCCUGCGGCCCGGCGGCGUCGGAGAGAGACUGCAGAAGAGCCUCGAGCGCCGGGCGCGCAAAACCGACAACUGGCUCUCUGACUGGUGGAUGCAGUCGGCCUACCUGGACUCUCGAAUGCCUGUGGCGAUGUACACCAGCCCUGGGGUCGUUUUACCCAAAAUGCACUUCCAAGACCGUCAGGGACAAAUGAGGUUUGCUUCUAAACUUAUUGCUGGGGUUUUGGAUUUUAAAAGCAUGAUUGAUAGUGAAACAUUGCCUGUGGAAUAUCUGGGGGGCAAGCCUUUGUGCAUGGACCAGUAUUACCAGGUGCUGACUUCCUGUCGGAUCCCUGGACCCAAGAGAGACACUGUGGUGAACUACGCUAUCGGAAAGACCCCUCCUUCCCACAUCACAGUGGUCCACAACUUUCAGUUCUUUAUUCUGGAUGUGUACAACAGCGAUGGUUCACCACUGACUGUAGAUCAGAUCUGUGUUCAGCUGGAGAAGAUCUGGAACACUUCCCUUCAGACUAAUAAAGAGCCGGUUGGGAUCCUGACCUCCAACCACCGUAACACCUGGGGCAAGGCCUACAACAACCUUAUCAAGGACAAGACAAAUAAGGAGUCAGUGAGGGCAAUCCAGAAGAGCAUCUUCACAGUGUGUCUUGAUGCACCAAUGCCACGCGUGUCAGAUGAGAUGUACCAUAACAAGGUGGCCGCUCAAAUGCUCCAUGGUGGAGGCAGUCGCUGGAACAGUGGGAACCGCUGGUUCGACAAAACACUGCAGUUCAUAGUUGGAGAGGACGGAUCCUGUGGACUCACCUAUGAACAUGCUCCGGCUGAGGGCCCUCCCAUUGUUUUCCUGGUGGAUCAUGUUGUUGACUAUAUGAAGAGAUCUGAGAUGGUACGAACUCCCAUGAUUCCACUUCCUAUGCCACAAAAACUUCGAUUCAACAUCACACCAGAAAUCAAGAAGGACAUUGAGAAAGCCAAACAAAACAUGAACAUAAUGGUGCAUGAGCUGGACGUCCGAGUGCUCAACUUCACACACUAUGGAAGAAAAUUCCCAAAGUCUCAUAAAAUGAGUCCUGAUGCAUUCAUCCAAAUGGCUCUGCAGUUGGCAUACUAUAGGAUGUAUCAGACCUGCUGUCCGACCUACGAAAGCGCCUCCUUACGCAUGUUUAGAUUGGGCAGAACUGAAGCCAUUCGAUCCACCACCACAGAAUCGCUCCAGUUCACAAAAGCCAUGGAUGAUCCAUCAAUACAUAAUAGUGAGAAAGCAGCACUGCUCGAAAAGGCCAUCAAAGUCCACAGAGAACACACACACAUGGCCAUCCAUGGGCAGGGUAUAGAGAGGCACAUGCUGGGUCUAAAGAUGAUGGCCAUUGAGGAUCUGACCUCUUUACCUGAGAUCUUCAUGGACACGUCGUUCGCUGUAUCUACACAUUUUAAUCUCUACACAAGUCAGGUUGGAUCAAAGACAGACUGCGUUAUGUGUUUCGGACCCAUGGUUCCUGAUGGUUACGGUAUCUGCUACAACCCCAUGGAUGACCAUAUCAACUUCGCAGUUACUGCCUUCAACAGCUGCGAGGAAACAAAUGCCACGAAACUGUCACAGUUUCUAGAAGACUCGCUUCUGGACAUGAAGACUCUUCUGGAGCAGGUCUCUAAGACCCAGUGAGUGAUGGCAAAAGAUACUCUCACAGAAGCCCUGAAACACUUUCAGACUGGAAGCUUUCAGUGUCAUUAACCUGACACGUUGAUAAUAUUGGUAUUCCAUAUCUUAAAGGUGACGUGUGUGAUUUUUCUUUUCAUUAUACAGGAAUAUAGGUAACUAAGAACACCAUUCUUAUGUUGAUUCCCUUGAAAGUGUAAACAUAGUGACUAGGGCUGUCACUUUUAGUUCGAAAAUCGAUUGCACAAUCGAUCGGACCAACCAAAAAAAGUUUCGAAAAUAUUUGGUCGAUUUUAACCAAAUAUGUAAACUAUUAAUUUUAAAAUAAUUAAACAAUUAAAAAAUAUAGAUGUAACAAAACUCAAAACCAAAAAGAAAUUAAAGAAUUCCAAAAGUGCAGUAUGCGUUGCAAAAGCUAGACAAGAAAAUACCAGCAAUUUUACGCUCCUUUAAGACCCAGUGACGUCGAAAGCGACCUCUUAUGCUGCGUUCACACCAAACGUGAAUAGAGCGUCUGGCGUCUGGCGAAAUGAUUUUAAUGUUAAGGCAAUGUAAAGACGUGUUUAUGCGCAUCUGGAGGUCUCGUGACGUGGUAGAGGCGAAUUCGCCUCAUUCGCGCAACUAGUUGCAGGAGAUUCUGUGUUAUGAAAAGGACCAUUUCAAGCUGACAGCGACCGGCUUUUGUGGUGGAAAAUUGGCCACCUUGCGCAGCUGUACCCGAGUGUCCCUGGGACAUCACUGUGGUCGGAGCGCAUCUUCUCACCAGCUGUACAUAUAGUGAAUAAAAAUAAUAAAAAACGCUCUGCUCUGGACCCCGAAAAUGUUGAUCCUGUUUUCCUGUCCAAUAAAUUUGUAAUGUCCCUAGCCUUUUUGCGCGUUUCCUGCCUGCCUAGAACAUGGCCUGUUCUCAAGUCUCAGUUGUUUGAAAUGGAUUGAAUCAUUAUUUAAAAUAAUCUUGGAGAUUUUUGAACUGCCUAAAUCAUAAAUGCAGCCGGGUUGAAGCCUGCAGUGAUGUUUUUCUUUUGUUAUGGCAGUCGUCCCCUCUGCACAUAUAUUUUUUCGAGAAUGUUGCACUCCUGUUGCUGUUUGUUAUUCUACCAGAAACUUCAUGCCAAUAAAUAAGAAAUAUUACUGACUUGUGCCUUUCCAGCGCUCUCUUUACGUUCAUCCGUUAUUUGAAGUUGAAAAAGGAAACGUCUUUUUUUUAGACAUGGAAAAUCGAUUUUUACAAUCGAUUUAAUGAACACUCAUGUCUUAAAAAUAAGAAAAAAAGUGGCAGCCCUAAUAUUGAUUUUAAAACUUUGAUUUGUUUGUUUGAGCAACCUGACAAGCCUGACACAGUGACACCGACCCAGUAGUGGGAGUUUGAGGCUUAACUCUCAGAAAACCCGUUUGGAAACGGUCAUUAUUUUACACUUCAGCUUUCAGUGAAGUGAUGAUGGGUUAAGAGGCUGCUACAAACGUAAAAAAGGACAGCCAAAAACAAACUCAUUCUGUUUUUAAUUUUAGUUUCAACUGUAAAAAUGGUAAAUGUGAGAAGACUCUUGAUAUUAUUCAGUGCCAUAUCAUGUUAAACUGAAGUAUACAGUUUUUUACGCAUAUGCUAGGGUAUGUGUACAGUGACAUUAUUUUUGGCUUCGGCACAGUUCGUUCAUACUGUACAAGGGCAGUCCAAUUAUUUGUGCACUAAUUAAAGGGAUACUCCACCGUGUUUUCAUAUUAAACUAUGUUUUUCCCUUAACUAAGACGAGUUGAUACAUACUUGCGGUGACACUUUGAAAGCACUUAGCUUAGCCCAUUCAUUCAAUAUGGGCCAAGCAGAGAAGCUACUAAACACCUCCACUUUUUCCCUAAACGCCGGUGAGAGGAUUUUUCACGAGUGAAGAUAUUACUGCGCCAAGACGAAGUGCUUACAAGCACUUGCCAUGGUAUUCCGCCAUACAAUAUAGUUAUCCAUUUUACACGCUUAGAAAAGCGCAAUGUUUUGUCUUGUGUUACCGUCCUAGGUCGAGUUACACUACGCGAGUAACUGUAUUUAAAUAGGGAAAACGUGGAGGUGUUUGGUAGCUUCUCUGCUUGGCCCAUAUUGAAUGAAUGGGCUAAGCUACGUGCUUUCAAAGUGUCACCGCGCAACAAAGCGAUUGAUUGCACGCACUGAGACGAGAGAGGUAUGUAUCAACUCGUCUUAGGUAAGGGAAAAACAUAGUUUAAUAUGAAACCACGGUGGAGUAUCCCUUUAAAAGCGGAUUAAAACAUACUCAAAACUCACGUUUAAAUGAGUAAAAAGACAUUUUUAUAAUUUAUAACUUUUGGAGAGAAAUAGCACAGAUACUGGACAAGGAUUAAUGUUUCUAGUGAUGAGCGACUGUGUUCUCGCAUAUGAUCACUUUCAAAGUCUGUCUGUCUGUUCGCUAAUAUACGCAUAAAAAUUAUUGAAGUAUUAUAAGUAUAUAAAGUAUUAUAAAGUAUUUAUAUAAAACUUAGUAGUUUCACAAAUGAUAUAGUAGGAUGUUUAUGCUCAACUUAGAGCCAUAUGGACAUUUUCUAAAUCAGUUAAAUAUCAGAAAAAAAUAUUAUGAUUGUUAUUUAUUUUGUGCUGAUAGAUUAGCAGUAGACUUGACACACAUUGUCAGUUUACAUAGAUUAACUCAUUCUCAUUACAAUAAAUACAAAGCACUUGUACAUAAAACAGUUAAAAAGUGUUUUUAAGGGACAUGAAAAAAACAUUGUGAUUAUAUUAUACACAUGUUAAUAAAUCCUAUCUUCAGUUCUGA